AUGUAUACUCAAUUACCAUUCGAUGAUUUACAAGUAGAUCCAACUCAGAAGAAAAGGAUUGCAUAUUUUUAUGAUGCUGAUAUUGGAAAUUAUGCUUAUGGUGCAGGACAUCCAAUGAAACCACAUCGUAUAAGAAUGGCUCAUUCAUUAAUUAUGAAUUAUGGUUUAUAUAAAAAAAUGGAAAUUUAUAGAGCAAAACCUGCAACCAAACAAGAAAUGUGUCAAUUUCAUACUGAUGAAUAUAUUGAUUUUAUAAGUCGAGUUAGUCCUGAUAAUUUAGAUUUAUUUGCAAAAGAACAAUUAAAAUUUAAUGUUGGUGAUGAUUGUCCAGUAUUUGAUGGUUUAUUUGAAUAUUGUGGUAUUUCGGGUGGUGGAUCAAUGGAAGGUGCUGCUAGAUUAAAUAGAGGUAAAUGUGAUAUUGCUAUAAAUUAUGCUGGUGGUUUACAUCAUGCUAAAAAAUCAGAAGCAAGUGGAUUUUGUUAUUUAAAUGAUAUUGUUUUAGGUAUAAUUGAAUUAUUAAGAUAUCAUCCAAGAGUUUUGUAUAUUGAUAUUGAUGUUCAUCAUGGAGAUGGAGUUGAAGAAGCUUUUUAUACAACUGAUAGAGUUAUGACAUGUUCAUUUCAUAAAUAUGGUGAAUUUUUCCCUGGAACUGGAGAAUUAAGAGAUAUUGGAGUUGGUAAAGGGAAAUAUCAUUCUGUUAAUGUUCCAUUAAGAGAUGGUAUUGAUGAUUCUACAUAUAAAUCAAUUUUUGAACCAUUAAUAACUAAAAUUAUUGAAUGGUAUCAACCUUCAGCAAUUGUUUUACAAUGUGGAGGUGACUCACUAAGUGGUGAUAGAUUAGGUUGUUUUAAUUUAUCAAUGGAAGGUCAUGCAAAUUGUAUAAAUUUUGUUAAAAAUUUUAAUAUUCCAUUAAUGGUCUUAGGUGGUGGUGGUUAUACAAUGAGAAAUGUUGCAAGAACAUGGGCAUUUGAAUCAGGAUUAUUAAAUAAUGUUAAAUUACCAACAGAAUUACCAUAUAACGAAUAUUAUGAAUAUUAUGCACCAGAUUAUAAAUUAGAUGUUAGAUCUUCAAAUAUGUAUAAUCAAAAUUCACCAAUAUUUUUAGAUAAGAUUUUAACAAGUAUUAUAACAAAUUUAGAAAAUACAAAACAUGCUCCAAGUGUUCAAAUGAAUGAAGUUCCAAGAGAUGCGGAAGAUUUAGGAGAUGUUGAAGAAGAUACACAAAUGGCAUUAGAUACAAAAGGAGGAUCAGAAUUUGCAAGAGAUUCACAAAUUGAACCUGAUAAUGAGUAUUAUAAUGAUUUAGAUAAGAAAGAAAAGAAUAUACUUACAAAAGAUGAAGAAAUGGAAAUUGAUCAAUUAAACAAUGCGCAAGAAAAAUAG